GCGAUAUUUAAAUUCGGAAAACUAACUGAAUUACCGGCUCUACAUAUUCUUCCCAUUGCCAGAAGGUCCGAGCUACUUGUUUUACUACAUAACUGUGAGAGUACCCGACGCGAUCAAUCCUACAGGGCCUCACCUAUUACAAUUGCAUGUUACAUUGCCUCACUAGCGCUAUUUCUCAAUGAUUAAAUUUCAAUAAUCCCGAAGAAGGAAAGAUAUAUCAAUCAGACAUUCCCCAUCAUGCGUCUCCACCUCGUUAUUCAACGCCACGGUCUACCCGUAACGCGCAUUUUGUGGACGACGGCAUCGCCGUCUCUUUACGGUCAGAAUACAUCGUCUGCGCUCCCUGCAUUUGCUUCAGCUAUUACCUCUUCGCGCGCGCCUAAUGCGCUCUAUGCGAAUGGCGGCUAUACUAUUGCUCAGCUCCUAGAAGAUGUAAAUGAGGUUGUUCCUCUUGAGACGGAGCCGGCACUGUUUGACAGUGAAUUCAGUGGGCAAUGGGGACUUGAAGACUAUGUAGUUGAAGUUGGGGGCUCCGAGUGUCUACAUUUCAUGGAGGUGGAAGGUCUUUUAAGAGAUGGGGACGAAAUUUUGAUUCGCGCACUACAAAUAUCCGACUUGCGGGCUAGGCGAUUGACUGGGCGGCAUCAAAUCUCGACCGAUGGCAAGCACCUCAUAGACGGUGUACCUUUUGGAAAACCUUUUCUGAAAAGACCUGUCUCUUCAAGACCUGCGAUUACGAUCCCCCCACGUAAGAGAAGGCGUACGACAUUUGCGACGCAAGAUAAUAUAGGAGGAUAUCACGAGGAGGAUACGGAGUGGGAUCUUCCGCGAAUUCGCUCUUUCCAAGAGCUUUCUGCUCUCAGAGGCGUUGAUGAGCCUGAAAGUGGUAUUAUGGAUGGUAAUGUGGAGUAUAAUGACGAUGAGGAUGAGGAUGAAUAUGAGGACUACCAUGAGAGUCACGAGGAUGCUGGUAAUGGUACCGUUAUUCGCCAUCACGUUGAUGACACUGAAGAUGCCGAAGCAUCAGAAAGUGACACAGACGCAUCCGAUAUCGAUGCUAGGGACUUGGAAGAUGAGUUGAAGGACCUAAAAGAGGAUCUAGAUAUCUCAGCCAUGCCAGAAACCGAGCCCACGGAUGAUGAACAACAUGAAGCUGAGCGCAGAGGCUACGCAUUGCGCUCAAGGCUGAGUAUCCCGCAGGCAGUGCCAACCAGAGGUUCAGUUGCACAGGCCAUUCAGGCUUCCUCAGAAACAGGGUCCUUCCGAAGGGAUUCCAAGGCAGUUAGGUUCAGUCAGCAAAAAGAGGAAUCGCCGAUGCUUCCUCCCCAAGAAUCCUCCCUAACCAAAGUACCGUCAGCUUCGGAGUCAAGCUCCAAUUCAAGCGACAGUGCCAGCAGCUCUUCUGUGAGUGACUCCAGUGUCACAGAUUCCGAUGAGGACUCAAGUUCUUCGGAUGAAUCAUCCUCCGAACUAAGUGAUGAUUCUAGCUCUGACUCAGGAAUUUCCACUUCAGAGUCGGAAGAUGAAGAGAUAUCAGCGGCUCCCCUUGUAGCCAAUCCACCUGGCCAUGGCUCCAUAAAAACGAAGAAGAGCAAUCAACGCAAUAAAUUGCGACGAAGGCUGUCAAAGUUGAAGGAGCUCGGUGCGUUACCCGCGGAGGCAGAUUUUGCUGCUCUGCGAGACUGGGAGGAAAAGAAUGAGGGCCGGCGUUUUGUGCCUGAAAGCUCGGGUUCCAGUAAAGGCCUUGAGAUGAAAGAGUUCGAGGAAAGACGACAAAGGUUGCUGCGCGAUAUUGAAUCAGGGGGCAUCGACAUCACCGACGGUACUUUUUCCCCUCUAAAGUCGGCGGAGGGAAGCAAUCAGAAGCAGUCGAAAGAGCUCACAAAGGAGCGUGACGCUGCUGUGGAGGAGGCCGGCGAAGUUGGUCCAGAGCCAAAACGACGUACCCUAGAUGUUGCAAGCUCCAGAAGGUUACUCUUCGGCUCACUUGGUGUUAGAACGCCGCGGACUAAAGAAGACGAGGAAGCUACCCGAAAGAAACUCGCUGGGAAGGCAAGCAAUUUCGUUCCUCAGAAGAAAGUGUCUGAUGAGCCUACAGGUGCUCUUGAGAGUGACCUGGAGGAGGACUGGGAAAAUAAACUCAUAAUUAGAGCUACUGAAUGCGUUUAUGAUGACAUUCAGUUAACACCGCCUCCUUUCCCUUUCGAGCAGCGUUGGGAUUACGAAGCAGGUGACCUCAUAAGACAACGGAAGGGCUUAGGGAAGAAGAGGAAAAGGCGCCAGCAACUCCAAGUCUACGAUGAGGAAGAUGAUGAUAAUGGAGGUGGUGAGGAUAGUUUUGUCGACGGUGAUCUGCAGCUCAACUACGAUGACUCGGAGCAACUGUACAUCGAGGCAAACAAUCACGAAGAUGCGCAGAAUGCAGAGGAAAAAUCAGAUGAUUUACCUUCAGUACCAAGUGACCGAAGCUCUCUUCGCGAUCUUGUUGAAGAUGACUUAAAACGUGGAUGCGUACUUGCCUUUAAACAGUUGGAUGUGUCGAAGGCCACAAAUUGGCAACCCACCGUGACCGAUUUUCGCGUUGCCGAGAUACAUGACUUGUAUGAUGAUAAUAUCCUCAAUCUUCGGCUUGCGAAGCGAGAUCGCAGACAGGUCAAGGAAACAGAGCUUGAGGAAGAUGAACCUCAGUACACUGGAUUUGAAAUGCCGGGCUACGAAGACGAUGGUGAAGAUGACGGCUUCAGAGAGAUGUCCUUUGCCGAUCUUAUUGAGCCGAAGCUUCUUCGGCCUGCAGAACUUGAAAAGACUAAGCAGACCAGCAAGUCAGUACAUUGAUCUCCUUUUUACUUUCGAGUUGCCUCGCAAUCAUGCGCUCACCCGACCAAGUUCCCCAGAGGUAUUUCCGCGAAAUCCCAGUCCGGCUACAAAUCAGCCUGAGACGUCCAGCGAGUUAGCAAAUGGUGAACAGACAUUCAAGGGAUCCAGCAAGCUGCUUAGC